ACUGUCAAAACAAGAUUAUAAUCGGUUUAGGUUAGAACCUAUAGAUUUAUUUUCUUCUGAUUACAAUAUUUUUUUUGCCUUAUAUAAGUUGUAAAAUAUUAUUAUAUCAACAACAAUGGGCCCACCUGAAGGUAUGAAAGAAUUGGACGAAAAAAGUAUGGAAAGUUUAGUGAAUUUCGUAGCAGAUGUACGGACAGGCAAGGUCCAAGGUUCAGAGAACAUAGCGCUGGCGACUGUCAAUCUAUUGGAGCAGAUAAUAACCGACCUGGAAACGUCUACGGCCAUGUCUUUAAUAAAUGCUGUCCGAGUUGCUGGACGGCAGCUGGCUAGGGCGCUGCCAUCAGAACACUUCGCUGCUAACAUGGUGAGGCGAGUGCUGCGUGCUGUUAGGGACGAGCAGCGUGCGCAACACAACCAGAGUGUGGAAGGUGCUGGCGAGUCUCUAGCCAGGCUGGUGCUGGCGGCUCCCCUCAGACGUGGGACGUUGCCCAGUGGGAGAGACUUGAGGGAACCGCUGAGAGAUCAUAUAGCUGAGCUGCGAGCCGAGCUGGAUUCCAGCACCUCAUCAAUCUGCUCCCAGGCCAAGGAACACCUGCACGCUGAAGACCUGGUACUGUCCUAUGGAGGUGGCGCUUUACUGGAAAAGUUCCUCAAGAGCAGCACAAGGAAAUACAAACUCCUACUAGCAGCUGGUCCAGAUGUUACAGAGUGUCACUCGAUGGCUGUCCGUCUAUCACACAGCGGCGUCUCCGUAACAGUGACCAGCGCGGCUGCUGUGGGCGCCCUGAUGUCCAGGGUCAACAAGGUGGUGUUGGAGGCCGUGGGAGCGCUGUCCGGGGGCUCCGCCCUGGCCGCGGCGGGGACCCUCGCCCUCACCACCGCCGCCGCCCACCGAGCUGUGCCGGUGGUGGUGCUGUGUCCGCUCCACGCUCUGUGUGCUGUCCACGCCUGCGAGAGACGUCUGCUAGCAUCAGAUUCUCCACCGGCUGAAGCUAUACCAUAUCAGAACUUGGAAUCUUCUGUGUCACGAGUGGUGUCUCCCAAGUAUGACGUCCUGCCUCCGGACCACAUUUCACUGUUCAUAACAAAUCUCGGAGGCAGCUCACCUUCGUACAUCUACCGACUUCUCUCUGAGAUAUACGAUCCGAGUGAUUACAACAUCUUCUAAUUAAAGUCUUUAUUUUAUAAUAAAACACGAUUAUUCAC